AAAACUUUUAAGUGGAGCAUAUACACAGUGCAUAUAUAGACUUGAUUAGCAGAAUUGUGCAAGGUUAUACAGAAUUUUUUAUGUGAGGCCUCCAAAGGGCCAGUCAAACCUCAGAAACAUGACUUCUAAAAUAGAUAGGACACUUACGCUGAAAACUAACCAUAGAGCCACAGGGUGGGCUAAAGAAGAAACACUUCUCCAAGGAAUCCUGAACACUGUUGAUGAAAGUGAUGUAAUUGCAAUACAAAUCACCAAGAGAGAUGUAUACUUCACUUUUCGUGACAGACAUGGAAAAGAUAAUGCAAAGAGAAUGGGCUUCAUGCUGAAUGAUGGCCUAACCGUUGAACUUGAAGAAGUUGAAGAUGACACUAUCUAUGUCACUCUAAGAGAUAUUCCAAUCGAAGUCUCUGACAAACAAAUUGUAGAUUACAUCUCACAAUUUGCGACUGUUAAUGGUGGUGUGACACACGGAUACAUAAAAAGGCUUGGCGGUGAAAAAACCAACAUUAGAAAUGGAAUGCGUUUUAUUAGUGUGAAAGACAUAAAACGGCCCAUCCCCAACAAUCCAACUAUAGCUGGAUUUCUGGGUAGAUUAAGCUACAGAGGACAACCGUGCAGCGUAUGCGGUGGACUCGGACACCCAUGGUAUAGAUGCGAACAGCGAGAAAAGCCAAAGUGCUUCAAAUGUAAUCAGUUCAACCAUUUUGCCAAGGACUGUACAGCGGAAAAGAAAUGUUUCAAAUGUUUUGAGCCAGGUCACGAAGCCAAAUCAUGCCCUGGAAAUAGGACAGUGACAGAAGAAGAUCAAAAAGAUGAUGAACAACAAAGGACCCCUGUACCAACUGAUACAGUUGUGAUAGGAUGCUCGAUUGCAAGGGGUGUCUACACUGAGAUGAAAAGGAGUGGAGUAGAGAACAGAACACAAGGUGGAGCACAAAUAGAAGACGUACCAGCACUCCUGAGAAAAGAACCUUUGAGAACAGAUGAUUUAAAACAAAUCAUAGUACAGGUUGGAACAAAAAACAUUGUACUGAACAAAGAGAACACUGAAGAUGCUAUAAUCAAAUAUAACACUGUAGUGGAUUCUAUGCAUAGUGACUAUCCUGAUACUCAGAUUGUGGUGUCAAGUAUACCACCUGUGCAUCCUUAUAAUAAAUCAGUACAAGCAAAGAUCAAUCAGUUCAACAAACAACUGGACUUGAUGUGUAAAAAUAGUGAUUUUUUGGUCUUUGUAAGCAAUGAUGCAAUGCUACUGAGCAAUCAGAGAAAGACCUCAGCAAAUGACUUUAAGUCAGAUGACACAAAAGGGAUUCACCUAAGCCCACAUGGGUAUGAGAAAGUUGUACAUAAUAUAAACACUGCCAUAAAGAAAAGAAAAUCAAGGGGCUCAGAGGGCUCAACACCCUCUUCACAAGAAAAGGCUAGUAAAAAGAAACUUUUUUCUGAAAUUACUCAAAAUGAUGAACCUGAGUUAUAG